UGAGAAGCUUAUCCAUCCAUUCUAUUUCGACCACGUACCACUGGGAAGCCUUCCCACAUUUGAGGCAACAAAAGGGAUAAGGAUUUUGCCGGAUUUUUUAAUCCAAUCUUUUCCUGGUUCAGAAAUCUCAAAAAUACCAACUACUAGUUUUGUGCCAGUAAUCAAAAUUAUUCCAAUUUUGGUUUGGAUACAGUCUUAACAAACAGUAGCUUUUCCUGGAUAAUAAGUAAGGAGAGAUGGUUGUUGCAAUGGGAAGUAGGGGAACCCUUCUACCUACCUCUUCUUCAUCCUUAUUCUCUACCUUCAGUAAUAAGAACAUAUACAGAAACCCAUCUCCUUUUGUUACCUCUCCUGCAAGAUCUUCAACAAGAUUUGCCCGAACCUGCGUCAGUGCCCAAGAACGCCCAACCUGGCUUCCUGGACUCGACCCACCUGCUUACCUCAACGGAACUCUUGCUGGAGAUUAUGGUUUUGACCCACUCGGACUUGGAGAGGAUCCAGAAAGUUUGAAGUGGUAUGUACAGGCAGAACUUGUACAUGCUCGCUUCGCCAUGGCUGGUGUAGCCGGAAUUCUACUCACCGAUUUACUUCGUGUUACAAGGCUCGUCAACCUUCCAAUCUGGUAUGAAGCAGGAGCCGUAAAGUUUGAGUUUGCCAGUACAACGACCCUCAUAAUUGUUCAGUUUCUUCUGAUGGGGUUCGUCGAAACCAAAAGGUAUAUGGAUUUUGUUAGUCCUGGAUCCCAAGCACAGUAUGGAACCUUCUUCGGCAUUGAAGCAGCCUUAGAAGGAUCCGAAAACGGCUACCCUGGUGGUCCAUUAUUCAACCCUCUUGGUCUGGCUAGAGACGCAGAAAGUGCCCGAGUCUGGAAACUCAAAGAGAUUAAGAACGGACGUCUAGCAAUGAUGGCAAUGCUUGGCAUUUUUGUCCAAGCGAAUGUGACUCAUGCAGGUCCGAUUGACAACCUCGUCAAACACCUCUCUAAUCCUUUGCACGCAACUAUUAUUCAGACUCUUGCUGGCUCUGGUUCUUGAGUGCCUUGCUAUAAAAAUUCGGCAACACAGUAUCGAGACUCCAUGGAGUAGGAGGACCUGGAAGAGCUCAUUAUAGGCAGAACAAGCAGCCAAAGAUGAUGGUUCCCACUAUAGGUCUGCGCUCUACUGAGUGAAAGACGGUCGUGUGUCAGUAACGAUUCUUUUAUUGUAAUUAUUUCUUUACCUGUGAUAUUCUCUUGACAAGAAUGCACAAGGUAGUGGUAACAGAUAUAAUACAUCUCUCGGAAUUAGAUUUCGUUUUUGCAAUAUAAUCAACUUUGUUACAAUGAAUCAUCUACAUCAUGUAUCAAUAUUAUUUA